AUGGGGCGGCGGGCCCCUGCGCUGAGACUGAUGCAGGCGCUGGCCAUUCUGGUGCUGAAGCUGUCACCGCUACAGCCCCGAGAGCUGCCAGGGUCGCGCUGCCCCGAGCCCUGCGACUGCGUCCCGGACGGCGCCCUGCGCUGCCCCGGCCCUCGCGACGGCCUCUCCCGACUAUCGCUCACCUAUCUCCCUGUCAAAGUGAUCCCAUCUCAGGCUUUCAAGGGACUUAAUGAGGUCAUAAAAAUUGAAAUCUCUCAGAGUGAUUCCCUGGAAAGGAUAGAAGCUAAUGCCUUUGACACCCUCCUCAAUUUGUCUGAAAUACUGAUCCAGAACACCAAAAACCUGGUAUACAUUGAACCUGGUGCUUUCACAAAUCUCCCUCGGUUAAAAUACCUGAGCAUCUGUAACACAGGCAUCCGAACCCUUCCAGAUGUUACGAAGAUCUCCUCCACUGAAUUUAAUGUCAUUCUGGAAAUCUGUGAUAACUUACAUAUAACCACCAUACCAGGGAAUGCUUUCCAAGGGAUGAGUAACGAGUCCAUCACACUCAAACUGUAUGGAAAUGGAUUUGAAGAAGUACAAAGCCAUGCAUUCAAUGGGACGACGUUAAUCUCGCUGGAGCUAAAAGAAAACAUCUACCUGGAGAAGAUGCACAGUAGAGCCUUCCAGGGCGCCACAGGACCCAGCAUCCUGGAUAUUUCUUCCACCAAACUGCAGGCCCUGCCGAGCCACGGGCUGGAGUCCAUCCAGACCCUCAUCGCUACCUCAUCCUACUCACUGAGAACGCUGCCCUCCAGAGAAAAAUUCACCAGCCUCCUGGUGGCCACUCUGACUUAUCCCAGCCACUGCUGCGCCUUCAGGAAUCUGCCAAAGAAAGAACAGAAUUUUUCAUUUUCCAUUUUUGAAAACUUUUCCAAACAAUGUGAAAGCACAGGAAAGAAACCAAAUAAUGAAACGCUUUAUUCUGCCAUUUUUGAGGAGAGCGAACUGAGUGGCUGGGACUACGAUUACGGCUUCUGCACACCCAAGACACUCCAAUGUGUUCCAGAACCAGAUGCUUUUAAUCCCUGUGAAGAUAUCAUGGGCUACGCCUUCCUGAGGGUCCUGAUUUGGCUGAUUAAUAUCCUAGCCAUCGUUGGCAACCUGACCGUCCUCUUCGUCCUCCUGACAAGCCGUUAUAAACUGACAGUGCCCCGUUUCCUCAUGUGCAAUCUCUCCUUCGCAGACUUUUGCAUGGGGCUCUAUCUGCUGCUCAUUGCCUCCGUGGACUCCCAGACCAAAGGCCAGUACUACAACCACGCCAUAGAAUGGCAGACCGGGAGCGGCUGCGGCGCCGCUGGCUUCUUCACGGUGUUCGCGAGCGAACUUUCUGUCUACACCCUCACAGUCAUCACUCUAGAACGGUGGCACACCAUCACCUACGCUGUCCAGCUGGACCAGAAGCUGCGACUGCGGCAUGCCAUCCCAAUUAUGCUGGGAGGGUGGCUCUUUUCUACGCUGAUUGCCGCGCUGCCCCUUGUGGGUGUCAGCAACUACAGGAAGGUCAGCAUCUGCCUCCCCAUGGAUGUGGAAUCGACUCUCUCACAAGUCUACAUAUUAUCCAUCUUGAUCCUCAAUGUGGUGGCCUUCAUCAUCAUCUGUGCUUGCUACAUCAGGAUUUACUUUGCAGUUCAAAAUCCGGAGCUGGUGGCUACUAACAAGGAUACGAAGAUUGCCAAGAAGAUGGCCAUCCUCAUCUUCACUGACUUCAUGUGCAUGGCGCCGAUCUCUUUUUUUGCCAUCUCCGCUGCCUUCAAAGUGCCCCUUAUCACUGUCACCAACUCGAAAGUUCUACUGGUCCUUUUUUAUCCUGUCAACUCUUGUGCCAAUCCAUUUCUGUACGCGAUUUUCACGAAGGCAUUUCAAAGAGACUUCUUUCUGCUGCUGAGCAAGUUUGGCUGCUGUAAACACCGGGCUGAACUUUACAGAAGGAAGGAAUUUUCUGCAUAUACCUCCAACUGCAAAAACAGCUUCCCAGGACCUAGAAAGCCUUCCCAAGCUGCCCUGAGGUUGUCCACAGUGCACUGUCAACAUUCUGCUGUCCUAGACAAGACUUGCCACCAAGAAUGCUGAUUUAGUAACUGCACUAUUGAAUUGUACUUAAAUAUGUAAAAGAAAAAAGUCUACCUGAAUUAGUCAUUUUAAGAUAAUGCAUCUUAGAAAAAUAUUUAUUCUUAGGCACUUUAGGAGAAAUGCAUUUGGUUCAGAGGGUGGCCCAUGACCAGUGGUGAUUGGAACUGGGCAGUCAGAACUGCCCUCUGAAACGACAUAAAUUUCAGGAGUGUUUAGAAACUUUUGUAAUAAUUUAGACAGUAAUUUUGUGUGUUGAAUCAAAUAUAAGGAAAACCUAAGGUGUCGUUUUUGCACGUCUUUGGUCUUUUUCACUUCAAUCUUGUAAUUUUUGUUGUAAUCUCCAAAGUAUUAGUUCAUAACAGACUGGAAAUGUUAAGUGGUCCUUGCCCUCAAAUAGUCUGAUAAACACUUUCGGAGACGUACUGGGCAGUGCAGUAGCCAUGAGCCUUACACGGUAAAUAAAAGUUUCUUAGCUACGUUC